AUGACAGAAAUAAACCUAUAUCAAAUCCUAAAACCGGAUCCAAAUUACCAUUAUAAACUAAUCCAGCUUCCCCCGUCCAUUUUGUCCCAACUUGAACUGGACUCUACCACCACGGCUGAAUCGCUUGAACUAAAAUCAAAUUACGAAAAUGGUGAUGUGGUGCUAUGCACCUCAACACAUACGUACAAAUUGCGACAAAAUAAUCAUUCAAAUACUGUCCUUUUGAUGAAACUGGAUCCGGAUAGAGGUCUAGUUGGCUUUGCAAAAUGUUCAUACGAAUACCAAUUGAAUGAAACAGAUGGGAGGAUAAACACUGCUUAUAUCCCUAUAAUCAAUAAAACUACUGAUAUAGGGGAAAAUGAGAAAAAGAUUAGUAAUACAAGUAAGGUUGAGUUGAUGAGGUCGAGUUGUUGUUCUUCUGUAGAAUUUGAUCAACAAUGGGUUCACCUCCAACUAUGUGAAGUCAAUGACCGAGUAUUUCGAAUGUCACAGGACUUGGCUAUAGACAUUUUGUACACACUAAUAACAUACCUAAUAAGUACAGAACAUAAGAGCACAGCGCAACAACAACAACAACAACAACAACAACAACAACAACAACAACAACAACAACAACAACAACAACAACUCGAUGAGUUUACAUUAGAUCAACUAGGUGCAAAUAUUAUCAGUAAUGCCUCAUGGAACGAAUCGAUGUUUCUUUCAAUACUAUACAAAUUCACCCAUAAAUCAAAAGACAACAGAUUCAAAUUGAAUGAUUCCCAAAUAUCGCAAUUCUUUGGUAUUCAUCAAUUAUCAACCCUCGAAUCAUCAUCCACUACCAGUCAAGACUUUCUUUUGAAUUGGAAAACGUCACUUCCAUUAUUUUAUGACGUACCUCUAGAUAUAACCGCAUUGCGUGGCCACUAUUGCUCCCUCGACACCAUUGCUGGUGUUGGUAACGAGAGAAUAAUCUAUAUAAAUCAAGACGAUCUAAGCAAGGAUAUCAGCACGAGAUUCAAGGAAUUGUUGCAAUUAUCGCGUAGUUGGUUAUACGAGGAAUUUGUAGCGUUCAUUGAACCAUUGGUCACACCAGGAAAGAAAGUGGACUCGAUGAUUAUCAACGGUGGUUGUGCAGGUAUAGCAACUGACUUGGCUUUCUUCCCCAUUGACACAAUCAAAACACGUAUCCAAGCUCAUGGUGGAAUAUUUCAGAACGGAGGCUAUAAAGGAAUAUAUCGAGGUUUAGGCUCUUGUCUAAUUGCCCUGGCUCCACUGGCAUCAUUAUUCUUUAUCACUUAUGAUUCCAUAAAGUCAAAUUAUUUCAUAACUACUCACGUUUCAUCUUUGGCAUAUAGACAUAUGAUAGCAGCAUCAUUGGGGGAGAUAAUGGCAUGUAUAGUGCGAGUCCCUGCAGAAGUGAUAAAACAACGUACCCAAGCAUCACAUAUGGGUCUCAGUUCUAGCUGGCUGAACUUCAAACAUAUAAUAAUUGGCAAUGGUGGUGGUGGUUUACGAGGGUUAUAUCGAGGUUGGAAUAGCACCAUAAUGAGAGAGAUACCAUUUACAGUGAUACAGUUCCCAUUAUAUGAAUGGCUCAAGACCAGAAGUGGAGAAAGAACUUGGGUACCAAUGGGGCUUAAGGGUGCUAUCUGUGGGAUGAUUGCAGGCGGGGUUGCCGCGGCAUUGACUACUCCAUUAGACGUAAUAAAGACUAGAAUCAUGUUGAGUCCAGAUAAGAAUAAAGUAGGUAGUUGGAAGAUUGUUACUGGGUUGGUGAAGCAUGAAGGGUGGUUGAGUUUGUGGAAAGGAAUAGUUCCUAGGACUUGUUGGAUUAGUUGUGGUGGUGCGAUAUUCUUGGGUUGUUAUGAGUUGGUACAUAAUGAAUUAAUAAAGUAUAGACAAAAGGUUAUAGAAUUGUAG